AUGCAAUGGGUGCGUCACUUGCUGACACUGGCCAGUAAAAGGGGCUUCAGCUUGACCAAUCAGGUCUACUUCGGUGAGAUCGUAGUGUACUCCCAUUCCACCAGCCUACUAGCCAUUCUUGACCUCUCUCCGGAUAACGUGAUCACCUGUCCGAAGUUGAAGAGCCUGCUGCUUAAGACCAAAGCCACUGAGACGCAAUACGCACAGGAGGCGGCUCUUCAAAGGGCAACCGACCCUCUACGUGGCACCACACAGGGCACUGCUCGGUCCCCCCUGCUAUCCUUCGUCCGCAACCGCGUUCGCUAUCGCCGCUCGGAGAGUUCUGUGUGGGGUGGUGCUGGCAGUGGGAGUUUAAUCACCUCCACUCCAUCUUUGUUGCAAACUCGGCGCACAAUGGCGCGUAGCGUGAGUGGCGGGAGGAGCAGCAGUAGGAGCGGCGAUAGAAGCGGUGGUAGGAGCAGCGAGAUGAGUAGCACGGGGCACCUGCGGCCCCGAAAGGACUCGAAUCUGCUUGCGUCGAGACCCUUGCGCAAGCGAAGCAUCAGCGCUUCCCACAUGGUACCGAGAAAGUCUUCUGUCAGUAGCAAUGUUUCUAUGCGUUCGGAAAGUGAUGCGCUCGACAGGAAAGGGAAUGAAAGUGAAUUUUAG